UUAGAUGUGCAGCUACAGGCGGACACACCGUCAUAAUCAAACUGUUUCAAAGAGCUGUUUCAUUUAGCUUUGCUCUCUGAUCCGCUAUGAAGCUCUAUGUGAUCGUCCCCCUGUGGGCCCUGCUCGCCCUCACCCAACAGGCACCUUCAGAUGAUAAGUGUGCGUGUGAGUUGAAAAACUCAGAGAAGGCCUUUCCCCAUGACAAACUCAGUGGAGUGAAGGAAAAUGUAUCAAAAUGCAACAGCAACGUCACCCCCCAGAAGACCAUGGAGCUGGAGAGUCUGCUGCUGGGUCUGGAUCGCCGUCUGCCCCAGCUGCUGGAGGAUGUGUCCCUGCUGGAGAGCGAGGAUGAUGGAGAGCUGUACGGAGUGAUCAGCCUGCAGGUGAUAGAGAACGAGAUGAGGGAGAUCCAACAGAUGAUGGAGCGGCUCAACAGCACCACCCUGCAACACCAGCGCCUCACUGCUGCUACUGCUGAACAGCUGGAGGACCUGAGUGCAGAGAUGCAGGAUCUGGAGACGUACGACACCUCGCAAGUGAUGAAGACACAACAAGCCAACCAGCGUCUGAAGAGAGACCUGGACCAGUGCCAGAACGGACAGCCCGCCCCCCCUCCCACUCACCCACCCGGUAACUGCCCCCACGGUCAGUUUGUGAACAUCACGGGGCCCAGAGUGCACACAGCGGGAGAGUUCCCAGGCGCCUACAAGUACGGAGCCUGGGGGCGGGACCCCAAACCAGAGGCGGGGAAGGAGAGCUGGCAUUGGCUGGUGAUGUUGACUGUCGGCAACAAAUUCUCCAACUACGUGCGUCUCUACUCCAGCCUGAGUUCUCUCAUUGUUGGGGUUAGCAUACCAGGUAAUGUCCAGAUCAGCCCCUCUAACCCGACCACCAACACUAUCCAGGGUCCAAAUGUUGUGAUAUAUGGAGAGGCCUUGUACUACAACUGUUACAACCAAGAUGCUGUUUGUCGAUUCAACCUCACCAGCAAAACUGUCACCACCGUGCAACUACCCAAAGGCACCAGGUUUAACUCAAAGGGUAACUUCUGCCACCUCGAUGAAUGCUACCUUUUCACGGACCUGGACCUGGCGACGGAUGAGUCAGGCGUUUGGGUGAUCUACACCACCAACCAGGACUUUGGAAACCUGGUGCUGUCAAAGGUGGAGGAGGGUGAGCCGCUGAGGCUCGGCCAGACCUGGCACACUUCGGUCUACAAGCAGGGGGUGACCAACACCUUCAUGGCCUGUGGCGUGCUGUAUGCCACGCGGUACGUUGACAAACUCACCGAGGAGAUCUUCUUUUCGUUUGACACGACCACAGGCGAGCAGAAGUUUAACCUCGGUAUCUUCAUCAAAAAGAUGUCUCCCAACAUCCAGGCCCUGAACUACAGCCCUGUGGAUCAGAUGCUACAUGCCUACUGCGACGCCUUCAUGGUCUCCUAUAAGGUUUUGUUUGAAGAAAUGUACUGAACAUUUCAAUGAAAGCCUAUUUAUGAACAAUGGCUGCCAUGCUAGUUACCAGCAAGUACAAUUAAGGAUAAUUCCUUGAAAAAGGUCAGCAAAAACCAUUGAGCAAUUGGGAAAUGACCUGUACUAUACAUGGUAAAUAUACAUGGUUAAUUCCGCAUUAUGUAUAUUUGAAUUGCCAAACUUCAAAGCUGAUUUUUGAGAGAGUUUGGAAACAUAACAUUAGGAUUCUCCGUAAUCAAUCUAUCUACAUUAGGUGAGGAAGAAAUGUUAAAAAUAUGAUGUGAAAAUAUAAUAAAAAUGAUUUUAAAACGUUUGAGGUUCA